GAAAAUAGUCCUUUGGCCUUUCAAAUUUAUUGUCACGUUCACUAAUAAUGUAAUAAAUCAAAACACCAGACUUCUGACGGCAUAAUUUGGGUUUUAUUUUACCGAAGAGUGGGGAGAGCUUGUGAUUGUUGCUGAUUGAGAGCUUGUGAUUGUUAGGGUUUCGGAAAAUGUCAAGUAAGAAGGAAGAGAAAGCUCAGGCUGCGGCUGACAGAAUUAAGGCUGCAGCCCUGAGUGCAGCCAAAGGUUUAAGUCGUGCUCAGGCAGAACGUGCUGCGGCUGCAGCUGCACGAAAUGUUAAUGCAUAUGGGCAGAAGGAAGAAGGGCCCAGCCGAUGGCAAGAGAAGAGGGAAGCUAAGAGGCAGAUGUAUUUGAUGAGUACUGAAAAGGCAGUGAGAUUGGGGGAGAGAAAAGAUCUUAAGACUACAAUGUCUGGCAUUGGUGGUACAGCUUCACAGUGCCAGAAAUGUUUUCAAACUGGACAUUGGACAUAUGAGUGCAAGAGUGAGCGCGUAUAUAUGUCACGACCCUCGCGGACCCAGCAACUUAAGAAUCCAAAAUUAAAGAUGAAGUUGUCCAUCUAUUAUGAUUUAGAUAAUCCACAUGUUAAGGAUGACAAAGCUGAAAAUAGUUUCAAGAAAAGUAAAAGGAAGCAUCAGUCGGACUCAGAUUCUGGUAGUGACAGUGAGGCUUCGGUGUUUGAGACUGAUGGCGGUUCAUCAUCUGUGACUGGUUCAGAUUAUUCUUCAGGGGAGAGUAGUUCUGACUACAGCUCAUCAUCUGAUUCAGAGGAAGAGAGGAGACGCCACAGGAAUUCAAGGAAGAAGAAGAAGCCGAAGAAGGGGAGGCGUAGGAGGUACAGCUCAUCUUCUGAGUCAUCUGAAUCAGAUUCUGGAUCAGAAUCUGAUUCUGAUGACAGGCGCAGCCGAAGGAAGAGAAGGCAUGGCAGGAAGCGCUAAAUGUGGCAAUCUAGUGGGAGUACCUAGCUACUAUUGAUUUUGUUUUAUGUUGCAUUUGUGCUUUUAUAACUGGGAAUUUCUACCACCUCCAGAUACCAUAUGUGCAGUAUGUUGGUUGAUUAGUGGUAACUUUGGAGAUUAUAAGGUGGAGAAACAAUUGAUUCUACAUAUUGAGGGCUCUAAAGUAAGUUUUAUUAGAUGUUUUCUUCUUUUACAUUUCUAUUCCUUUUUGCAUUGACUGUUGCACUAUGAAGUAAUGAUAUGAAAUUUCUGUUGCUUUUGGACA